AUGUCUAGCUCAAACAUUAUUACUCCUUUACUUGCAAAUGAGAAACUUACUAGUGAUAAUUUUAUAAAAUGGAAAUCAAACAUGAACAUUGUGUUGAUUUGUGAGAACUACAAGUUUGCCUUUACUGAGGAAUGUCAUGAGGUCUCUACUGCCAUUGCUCCCAAAACUGCAAGGGAGAAGUAUGAUGCUUGGAUUUUAUCCAACAACAAGGCUAAAUGCUACAUGCUUGCUAGUAUGAGUGAUGUACUUAGAAAGAAUCAUGAAGACAUGGAUACUGCAUAUGAGAUAUGGGCGUCUUUUCAAGUCAUAUUUGGACAGUAG